UAUAAUGCAAAAAACCUUUGUUACUUUGUAAUUUAACAAAAUGAAAUCAUGUCAUUUGGAAAUCUGGGAAAUAUUUCUACACAUAAUAACAUCCUUAGAGGUAUUUCUUCUUUCUCAUAUUAAUGUAUUAAAUAUAUCAGGAUUUACGAGGUUCUAUUUUUAGUGAACUUAUCAAAGCGUAUUGUUACAGAAACGAAGCGAACGUCACAAGGGGCCAGAUGGAAGAAAGUCCACUUUACGUUCAUAAGGAGUUUGAGCCAGGGGAUGACACCGAUGAAUGGGAGGUCAGCAGAUCCCGAGUCCACCUAGGGGCUUUAAUAGGGAGUGGAGCUUUCGGAAGGGUCCAUGUAGCUCACCUGGACAUGCCUGGCGGAGAGACCAUAACAGUUGCUGCUAAAAUGCUAACAGACAACGCAACCGGCGAAGAGAUGCAAGACUUCCUCAGAGAAAUAGCAAUGCUGAAACACGUUGGCGAACACAAACAUGUGAUACGUUUGGUUGCGUGUUGCACCCGGCGAGCGCCCCUCAUAGCUCUGCUGGAACACGCGCCUAGAGGUGACCUCUUGACUCUGCUGCGAUCAGCCAGAGGCAGGCGGAAUAUAGACCAGCAGAAGAACAGCAUUAAGUCCGAUUGUAAUAUAAACGGUCGACCGUCUGAAGCUGAUACCGAAUACACAAAUUUGAGUGACUCAGAUCCUCCAUUAGAAGAGAAUGCUGACACAAAACUGUACAUAGAUUCCGACCAAGAAGUAAUGAGCAAACACCAUUACGUGGCAGAGCCUGCACUGCACCUAGACAGCAGUACUAUGAGAGACUACGCAUUACAAGUUGCAUUGGGCAUGCAGCACUUGGAAGCUCGUGGUAUAACGCAUCGAGAUCUCGCGGCAAGGAACAUAUUAAUGGAUGGAGCUGGCGUCUUAAAGGUCGCGGACUUUGGACUCUCCCGUUCUGGUAUCUAUGUCCACACCCGUUCCAGACCCGUCCCACUGCGGUGGCUGGCACCGGAAGCUAUUUUCACCUCUCAGUACAGCAGUGCCACUGAUGUCUGGGCUUUUGCUGUUUUGCUAUGGGAAAUUGCUACUUUUGGUGGAUUCCCAUACGCUGAAUUAAGCAACCAAGAACUCCCCACGUACCUAACCACGGGCGGUCGUCUGCCGAAGCCAGCCAGAGCCUCCCAAAGACUUUACGAGCUCAUGACCGAGUGCUGGUCCGAUGACCCGAACAUUCGGCCGACCUUCACACAAAUCGUAGAUAGACUAACCGUACAGAAUCAACUGUAUGUAGACCUCGACUGCGUCUUCCCCCCAGUGGAAGAAAACUUCGCUGAACUCAGUGAAAUGGAUUUCCCAUUGGACAGUGCUAACGAUUUACACCGGUGAUUUUAAGACUGAAUAAUUUAAUUGUUGUUAUUUAUUCUAUAGUUUUUUAGUAAAUUUAUGUCGAUA